AGGUUCAGUUGCAGUUGGAUGUUCGCGGCAGUUGAGGUUCAACAUUUUUGCAUUUAUAAUCUAACGCCCGCAGUUGGAAACGUAGAGUUUUGAUUGGUCAGCGGUUCGUACGUACUGUUCUUGACGACCUUGAGAAUUCCGUGACACUUCGCUGUGUUUUAGGUGUCUGUGGUUUCAAUUCAAUCAGCUCUCUAUGGGCAUCUCACAUCUGCCAUCACUUCAUUUCACAGCUUCAUUUUAAAACCGACGCUUGACGCCUACCGACGCUAACCUCCAUUUUUCUGUUUUUUCCUGUGUUUAUUGUUCGUUCCACGUGCUCAUUUAUUUUUAUUUUCUGUUUUGUGUGAUCUAUCCUUUUUCUGUGUAUAUUUUUUUGUUCUUUCCUGUUUAUGUUUUGUAUCCUUUCUCUGUAUAUAUUUUUUUUGUUCUUUCCUAUGUGCUUAUUGUUUGUGCCUCGUGCUCAUUUAUUUUUAUUUUCUGUUUGUAUCAUUUUUUCUCUGUAUAUAUUUUUUUUUCUGUUUUCUUUCCUGUGUUCCAUUCUCUCUCUGUAUAUAUAUUUUUUCUGUUUUCUUUCCUGUGUUCCAUUCUCUCUCUGUAUAUAUUUUUUUCUGUUUUCUUUGUUCUAUCCCAAUAUGGACGAAGAAGCGUUACUCUCCCUGGCGUUUGUGCUGUGCAUGUAUAAUUUUACAGUCCAAUCUCGAAGACGGCGCAUUCGACAGUAUAAGACUCGACCUAUAAAUAGGGGUCGUAGGGGUUUCAAUUAUUAUGAUCAGAUGAAAUUGGGGGAUCCACAACAAUUUUUCAAAUAUACGAGGAUGAAUGUUGCUGUCUUUGAAAAACUUUUGACCAAGGUGGCGCCAGUAAUAAGGCGACAGAAUCGUUCUGAUGGAAUAUCUGCAGAGCACCGUCUUAUUAUAACAUUGCAAUAUCUGUCUCAGGGCACAUCAAUGCAGAAUCUAGCUUGGACAUUUCAAAUUGGCCAUACCACGGUCCACAAAAUUAUCCACGAAACAUGUAGGGCAAUUUGGAACGUGUUAAGUCCAGAGUACUUGAAAUCCCCUUCGACAGCUGCUGAGUGGCUAAAUAUUAGCCAUAAGUUUACUGAGAGAUGGAAUUUUCCCCAUUGUGUGGGUGCCUUAGAUGGGAAACACAUUAAUAUUAGAGCUCCUGCACGUAGCGGCUCAUUAUUCUACAACUAUAAGAACACAUUUAGUAUUGUCCUGCUAGCAGCAUGUGACAGCAAAUAUUGUUUUACCCUUGUUGAUAUUGGGGCAUAUGGGUCGCAAAGUGAUGGAGGGAUCUUCAGACACAGUAUUUUUGGCCAACGACGGGAGGAAAAUGACCUAAACAUCCCAGAAGCCACAACUUUAAAUGGGUGUAGUACUAGACUACCAUAUUUUUUGGUGGCAGACGAGGCUUUUCCCUUGAAAUCGUUUAUAAUGCGCCCUUAUGGAGGUAGGAAUCUGACAGACACACAGAGGAUAUUCAAUUAUAGACUGUCGAGAGCACGGCAAGUAAUUGAAAACACUUUCGGUAUCCUAGUUGCCAGAUGGCGAAUUUUACAGACGACGAUAAAUGCGAAAAUUGAAAAUGUGGAUGAAAUUGUCAAAGCAGUAACAGUACUCCACAAUCACUGCCAAAUAGAACUUGGUAAUGGUGAAAAUGGUGAAAAUAUUUAUUGUCCACAGGGAUUUGUAGAUACCGAUGAUGAAAAUGGCUCUUGGAGGGAUGGCCAAACGUCACUAAGGUCGGUAGGCAGAUUGUCCUCUAAUACAGCUCAACGAUUCUUAUAUUCCAUUAGAGAUAGUUUAGCCCAAUAUUUUAUAUCCCCACAUGGUGCAGUGGCAUGGCAAAAUAAUGUCAUUAAUAACGGUAGAUUAUUUUAAUUUUUGUCUGUUUAAUGUAAUGUGUUUUUUUAAUUUUAAGUAAUUAUAUUUUGUAUAAUG